GGGCAGCAGGCGAGCCCCUUCGUGCUGCGCGCGCGGCGCGCCCUCGACAAGGGCGGCCUGCCCUGGCACCUGCGCUACCUGGGCCAGCCCGAGAUCGGCGACAAGAGCCGCCACGCGCUUGUGCGCAACUGCGUCGACAUCGCCACCUCCGACAACCUCACCGACUUCCUCGUCGAGAUGGGCUUCCGCAUGGACCACGAGUUCGUGGCCAAGGGGCACGUGUUCCGCAAGGGCAUCAUGAAGAUCGUCGUGUACAAGAUCUUCCGCAUCCUCAUGCCGGGCAACACCGACAGCAUCGAGCCCCUGUCGCUCUCCUACCUUGUGGAGCUCAACGUGGUGGCGCCAGCGGGGCAGGACGUCGUUUCCGAUGACAUGAGGAACUUUGCUGAGCAACUGAAGCCUUUAGUUCACCUGGAGAAAAUUGACCCCAAAAGGCUAAUGUGAUUGAGAAACCAGGCAAUUAAGGCAU